CGAGCCCCCACUCCUUCACUCAGGAGAGAUCAUGGCAACCGUCAGGAUUCUCUUUCUUAUUCUGGCCUUCCCACUGAGCGCUUGCGGCGACGUCCGGGCCAGAGACCCCGAAGUGGAGCAGGAGGAGGACGAAGAUUGGGGGGACGCGACGGGUGUUGUCGGUGCCACCGAGGAGACCCCCCUCAUGCAGGAUGGGGGAAACUACCCGGCCCGAAGUGGGAACUGGUGCGCGUUUGUUCAGAAACGAAUGGUGAGCAUGGCGGUGGCGUGCGGGACGGAGAAGUACACCAUCAAGUCCCAAAGUCCGUGUCCCAGCGGAACGCCGGACUGCCAUUUGGUCAUGUACAAGCUGUCCACUCGUCCGCUCUAUAAGCAGAAGCAGAAGGUGAUCACAGCUCUGUUGUGGAGAUGCUGUCCCGGACACGGAGGAGACAACUGUGAUGACACAGUUGCCGACGCACGGAUUGACUUGGAAACCUCUUCAAUCGGUAGAUCCAAUGUCCAGACAGAACCGGGAAAUCUCCACACAGCUUCUACGAUACACUCGGCAGGCAUAUUACCGCAUCAGCUAAACCCGAACAGAGAGCAGAAUGACCACCAGGGGGCUGUCAACACAUCACACAAUGUCAGUAAAGCAACGUAUCCUGUGCAUUUGCCAAACCAGGACCACGUUCACCGCCAGGAGCACAAUCAUCAUCCUGAACAUGUUCUAAACCAGGACCAUUUUCAGCAUCCUAUCCAUGUACCGAACUUGAACCACGUUCAGUAUCCUGUCCAUGUACCAAACCGGGACCACACUCAGCAUUCGGGACACGUGCCAAACCAAGACCACGUUCAGUAUCCUGUCUAUAGACCAAACUGGGACCCCACUCAACAUACCGGGCACGUCCCAAACCAGGACCACAUUCAGUAUCCAGUCCUUGUCCAGGAACGGGACACCGCUCAGAAUCCUAUUCCUGUCCACAAACAGGACCACGUGCCACCCAGGAAACAUGAGCAUCAGGAGCACCUGCGUCUUGGACUACCCGCGUCCCAUCCCGAUGCGGCGCUAGCCCUCCCCCACACGGUGGCGCUCCUGAUGUCGCAGCUGCAGCCCACCCUGCAGCACUUCAACCGCUCGUUGGAGCGGCUGGAACAACGGAUGGACGAACUGGCCCGCGACGCUGCUCGCCUGGAGGAUGCCCGGCGCCGGCGGGAGGAAGACGAAGCCGAGCGGCGGAAGCGAGUGGACGCCGAAGUGGAGCGUGGUGCCCAGCAGGUGGCUGAGCUUCGGAGGGAGCUGGAGAGUAGGCUGCACUCACAACGUGCCAUGCUCCAUUUCAACAUCAGCAACUUCAAGACGGAUUUGGACCUUAAAAUCAAGCGGCACAACAAGAUGCUGCAGGCUAGUUUGCAAGCUAUGAAUGCCACUCUGGCAGAGAUCAAGCUGGACCAGGAAAUGGAGCAAGAACAGCAACAGGACCAGGAAGUGGAGGCGGACCCCGUAAUGCCACAGAGCUCCGCCUCCUCCACCGCCAUUUGGGAGGCCAUCGAACGUCUGGACAGGAUGGUGAUCAACAACACCGUCAAGGUGGACAACCUGGCGGAGGAGCUCGCGGUGACGUCGGACGGUUUGGAGGGGCUGCGGCGUGCGAACCAGGGGCUGGGAGAGCGCAUCAAGCAGGUGGCGCGCGACGGCCAGGUGCGUUUCAUGGAGACGGGUCUGGAGGUGGAGGCGGCCAAAGUGGCGGUUCUGGACCGCGUGGAGCAGCUGGCGGGCAACCUGAGCCGCCAGGGCCAGCGCCUCCACGAGAUGGACGUCGACGUGGACUACCUCUACAACACCCUCUACAAGAACGCCUCCUCGUCGUGUGACUGCCAGCAUUUGGACGAGGCACUAGCCCAGCUGGAGAGGGGCGUGGCUAAUGUGACAGAGCUAGCAAAUGAGCAGAGUCUGAUUUUGGAGGAGGCGCGGAGGGCGGCGAGCAAACGGGAGGCAGCCAUGGAAGCGGUGCGCGUUAGCCUAGAGCAGUUGGAGGAGCAGAUCACGUCGAAAGAGGAAAGGACGGGCACCUUGGAGGAAGCCGUGCGUCUACUGUCCGUCCAGCUGCAGGACAAGCGGGUGUCAGACGGCGCGCCCCCGUCAGCCGGGGAGCCGUCAGAAGAAGUGAAACGUGUGCAGAUGGAGAUGAAGCGUCUAUCGGCGUCCUUCAACUCGCUGCUGAAGGACGCCAUCCGCCACAGCGACGUUCUGGAGAUCCUGCUGGGCGAGGAGGUCCUGGAGUUCCUGGAGUGGCCCGUUCACGACCAGGAGGCGCACUCCAUCCCCGCGAUCAGGGAGGACAUAAGGAGCCUAAGGCAGAGCCUCCAGCAAGGAACAGGCGAGGCAGAAGAGGCGCUUUCAGCGGACGAGCCUUCGUCCCGGUGGCCCGACGACACGGCGAAGAACCGCGAAUUUGCCGGCCAAGGAGGAGCAAGAACCUCCGGGGAGUCCCCUCGACCUCCCGGGGGCGACGGCGGCGACUUGUGGAAGCUGGAAAAGAGCGUGGAGGAGCUCAAGUUGAAGAUGAAGGAUGACGACGACGAAGCGGCGAUGCUGCGGACAGAGGUGGCGCGCCUCAAGAGAGGCUUGGAGGAACAUCUCCGGACCUUCAAGAUCAUCUUCAGUAACGCCGACGUGCUGGAGAGAAGCCACGCCCCGCUAGAGCUGGACAAGCUCUACCAAAUGAUGUCCGACAAGGAGAAGAAGAAGCGAGGAAGCGCCAGAAACGGACGUCGCAAUCGGAGGGACACCUAAGGGUCGGGUCGUCCCACCCAAAAAAAGACACAACUGGACAACAGCCAAAAGGAAAAUGGCUGAGCGAAUGAUGCAAAAUGUGUGACGGUUUCAGCUUGCAUUUGGCUACCACUGACGGUAAUAGAUGUCCAAUCUGUUAUAACCAGGGGUGGAAAAGUACCCAAAAAAUCUACCCAAGUAAAACUACUGUUGGAUCGAUGAAAUUUUACUCAAGUAGUUGUGCAAUGAUAUACUCGAAAAAUGACGUGACAAAAAAAGAGCGAGAACCAAAAGUGGUAUUUGUCACGUGGCAAAAUGGAUUUUGCCAUGUGGCAUAUUUUUUUUGCCAUGUGGCAUUUUUUUCUUUGCCAAUUGGCAUUUUUUGGGCCAUGUGGCAAUGGAUUUUGCCAUGUGGCAUUUUUUUGCCAUGUGGCAAAAUGGAUUUUGCCAUGUGGCAGUUUUUUGCCAUGUGGCAAAAUGAAUUUUGCUAUAUGGCAUUUUUUUCUUUGCCAUGUGGCAUUUUUUCGGCCGUGUGGUAAAAUUGAUUUUGCCAUGUGGCAUUUUUUUGGCCAUUUGGCAAAAUGAAUUUUGCCAUGUUGCUUUUUUUCUUUGCCCUGUGGCAUUAUUUUAGCCAUGUGGCAAAAUGUAUUUUUGACAUGUGGCAUUUUUUAUUGGUACAGUAUGUGGCAAAAUUGAUUAUGGGUUGUGGAAUAUUGGGGGGUAUGUGGCAUUUUUGCAGGCCAUGCACGUCCAUGCCAUUGACGGCUAUGCACGUCCAAAUUUUCCAUUCGUUUUAAAUGGCAGAAAAACGUGUGGUUGUGAUUUUUGACCACACACUUCACAUAACAACGCAUCCAUUUUGCCACAUACAAAAAAAAAAUGCCACAUGUCAAAAUGCAUUUUGCAACGUGGCAAAAAAAAUCCACAUUGCAAAAUCAAUUUUGCAACAUGGCAAAAAAAGCCAAAUGGCAAAAUCAACUUUGCCACAUGGCAAAAAUCCAUUAUUCCACAUGGCAAAUUCCCCUUUGCAUUCUCGCCCCUGCUGCACUUUUGAGCACAAUAGUAACGGUACUCAUUUUGUUUUUUUGCUAAACCUGAGCGCUGCUCUCAAUGUAAUGUAAACGACUGUAUGUUAGCCGCCCUAAUUAGCACGUUGCGCCCCUCGGUAGCAGCCGUAGAUUUUGUGUCAUCACCGCCAGUCAACAUACUUACUUACAUACUUUUACGACUUGUGUGAAGGUGAGCCACAUCCAAUAUGGCGGCCACGCGCAACCCCUUUCUUGACAUAAUACGGUUUCUACUAUAUACUGGCACGCAGAUACGAAUUUAUUAUUGUGUUUAACUUUGUAACAGAAGCGUUUUCAAAUAUAUUUCAGUAAAUGAACUUCAAUAGACUUAUGUAAAAUACUCCAAAAAGUACGUUACAGAAUACCUACUUCGUUACCAAAUAAGAGUAAAUGUAAUUUGUUGCCUUCCACUAGUGCUAUUUGAUAUAACAAUGUCUAUUGAAAUUGUCAUCCGCCACUUCUUCCUGCAAUGCAUAUUUUGGCCAGCAGAUGGAGUCCAUAGACAUGUUAGCUUCGAGGUGUCCCACAUUCAAUUUUAAUGGUCAAAAACUCCCAUUGAUUUCCACUGGCCCUAUUCGACAUUCAUUCAAAAGCACAAAAACUUGCAUUCACCCCUAUUGAUAUCCAACCCAAGUGAUCCUGAAAUAGACAGGAAGUGACCCUGAAAUGCUUCAAAAUAACGUGACGUGACCAGAUACAGAGGGGCAAAUAAUCCCACUUGAAAAUAUUAGAGAGGCCUGUAAUUGUCAACAUGGGUAAACUUCAACCAUGAGAGACAGAAUGUGGAAGAAAAAAAAAGAAAAGAAAAUCACAUUCUUUGAUUUUUAAAUAA